AUGAUUGAUGAACAGUAUAAAUGGAUUUCAGUUUCUAACUCUUAUUUGGAUGAGAAUCUUUCCCAACUUUCCUCUGUCUCUGCUGGUCAUUCGCUCCAAAAGUCAAUUCAUCAAUUAAAUUAA